AUGGAAGCUAAAGUUUCUUCCAUGCCCUCGGUGUUUGUUUAUUCCCUCCUCCUCCUUCCCUUUCUGUCUCAGGCAACUUCUUCAGACCUCUCACCCUUUGGGUUUUUCAAGGAUCUGCAGGGAUCUAAAAAGGGAGACAAAGUGGAAGGCAUCCAUAAGGUAAGAAAUUACCUACAGCGUUUUGGCUACUUGAGCUCUACCCAUUCCAAAACUGAAAGUCAAGUCGAUGGUGAUGAUCAUUUUGAUGAUGCCUUGGAGUCUGCCAUCAAAGCCUUCCAGACCUAUUACCAUCUCAAGCCCACUGGAAUCUUAGAUGCCCCAACAGCCACGUUGAUGUCCAGGCCUCGAUGUGGGGUCCCAGAUAACCCCAGUGUCACAAAUAAUACUAACUCCCAUGGCCAUAGCCAUCUCAACAUAGGCACUCAUUUUGCUUUCUUCCCAAAUAACCCAAGAUGGCCCCCUGGGCAGACGCAUCUCCUCUAUGUACUCGACUCUGGCUCCCACUCAGAGGCCGCGGACGCAGUUGGCAAAGCCUUUGGCGCAUGGGCUGCUAUUUCAAAAUUCACCUUCGAGCAGACUUCAGACCCAACAGUUGCCAAUCUCAAUAUUAGCUUUCAAAUCCGAGAACAUGGAGAUGGGAACCCCUUCGAUGGCCCUGGAGGAACCAUAGCUCACGCCGCUCCACCAAAUGAUGGAAGAUUCCAUUUCGACGGAGAUGAGACUUGGGUGGUCGGUGCAGUUGCUAAUUCUAUCGAUUUGCAGACUGUUGCUACGCAUGAAAUAGGUCAUCUUCUAGGGCUUGCGCAUAGUUCAGUUGAGGCAGCCAUCAUGUUUGCCUACAUUGCUCCUGGAGCAACCAAGGGUUUGAAUCAGGAUGAUAUUGCUGGAAUUACAGCUUUAUACACCGGUUGA